AUGUCCUCCGAGCCUCCCCGAGCCCCCAAGCCCAAACGAAGCCGAAGGCAAUCUCUCGUGGCCCGCAACCAUGCCCGUUACGAAAAGACUCGCCAUCUCACUCCGUAUGCUCUACUCGAGCUCGACCUCCGACAAGAGGAAUGCGUCGCGCAUCCUGUCCGAGCCCGCACCUUCGCCCCGGAAGUAUACAGCCACCUCUCCGAAGCGCAACGAGCCCACCUCCGACAGCUGGCCGAAGACGGUGGGCCCGAUCUCUCAGAUCUGCGGGGUUACCCAAGAACACAGCCUACCAAAUCCCCCGGCCCCACCGCCCCCGCCUCGGCCUCGGCCUCGGCCUCCCACCAGGCCUCAACCCUACCCCCAACAAGCACCUACACCCCCAGCAUCGAAGAACCAUCCCCAGCCUCCUUUUCGCCCCUCAACCCCUCCUCUUCGCCAACCUCCCACUCAGCCUCAUUCCCGGAACCCUCCGAACCCUCCGAACCCUCCCCCCGCAACCCCACCAAACCAACCCCCUACCUCUACGGCCCCUCCAAAACCUUCACCACCCACGCCCCAGACCACUCCCCCCUCCGCCCCCAUCACCAUCACCACCACCAUCACCAUCACCAUCGCCACCACCGCUCCAUCUCAGACGACCCCCGCCACCGCCGCCGCCACCGCCGCCCCCGCUCCCGCCCCCGCCGGACGGGCAGCGUCCUCCGCCGCCGGGUCCUCCUCCAGGAGGCCCGCCGUGGCAGCGUCGCGCGGUACGGGCUGGGGGCGGCCGGGUUCUGGCAUCGACGGCGGCGGCCCGACGGGCGGCUGGAGAGCCAGGCCGAGGCGGAUGCGCGGCGCGCGCGGGCCCGCCGGGCGUGGAGCCAGGAGGACUACAGGGUGGUGUUUGAGGCGCUUGCUUCGGUGAAGUCUGCGGUGGCUGAGGGGGGUCGUGGGGUUAGGGGGAGGAAUGGGGGGAGCCGGAGGGGAAAGGGUGGGAGCCGGAGUCGGAGGUCGGGGUCGGGGUCCGGGUCUGGGGAGAAAGGGGAAUAG